CGUUCCAUUCGAAAAUGUUUCCUACCCUUCCGAAGUUUUGGAAUUUUUCGGAUGUCCAAAAGAAAAGGAACCAUCAAUUGUUGAAAAAGAAUCUAAAUUGGUUGAUGAAUUGAAAAAUUCGGUCCCAAUGAAUUUACACAAAAAGGAAAUCAAGAAGGAUAUUAAGGAAAAGAAUUUGUUAGUGGAUUUUGAAAAGGAAGCUGAUUUUGAUCUUCCCAUGAAUUUAUUUGAAGAAAAGGCUGAAAAUAAAUUUAAAGAGGAAAGUGAUAUUUCUGAAAAAGAUUUGGAUAUAGGUUUAGUGGAAGAUUUUGGAAAUGAACAAUUUUGUGAAUUGGAUGUAGAACUUAACUGCUCCUUAGAUGGAAAACAAGAUUUUGUAUCUGUUGAAUUUCCUAUUCCAACAGAAAUCCAUGUUUAUCAAGAAGUUAUUCCAUUGGAUAUUCCUGUUGAAAUUGUUUCUGCUGAAAGUGAAAAGUGUUUUGAUUUGGAAAAAGAAGUGUUUUGA